UUGGCUGGGUGCUGGGGCUCUGGGAGCGAGUCCCACUUCUCCGUCUUUUUCUUUUCACAGCUGUAAAGUUCAGGGAGUUGAACUGCAGUGCUUUGAGUUCACUGCUCACGCUGCCGCGACCAACUGUUGUAAAUUUUCCUCCCAGAACACGUGACGAUGCAUUUCUUGAUUAUAUAUCUGAACUGCAGCAGCCGAGCUGCCAGAGUGCAGAGCCGGACAGAGCAGAAAACAAACGCACUUGGACCCGGCAGUUUAGAAAUUCGGAAUUUGGGGCAAAUCGUCUGUUUUCGGCCGAGCCAAGUGCACCGUGCUUCAAUGCUGAAGAUGGAGCCUCUGAACAGCACACACGCCAGCACCGCAGCCUCCAGCAAUCCCCUCGUGGCCCAGGUGUCCGGUGGCAGCAUUGGCGGCAGCGGCCACAGCAACGGCAAUGAGUACUUCUACGUUCUGGUUGUCAUGUCCUUCUAUGGCAUUUUCUUGAUUGGAAUCAUGCUGGGCUACAUGAAGUCCAAAAGGCGGGAGAAGAAGUCCAGCCUCCUGCUGCUGUACAAAGACGAGGAGAGGCUUUGGGGGGAGGCCAUGAAGCCGCUGCCGGUGGUGUCUGGCCUGAGGUCAGUGCAGGUACCUGUGAUGCUGAACAUGCUGCAGGAGAGCGUGGCGCCUGCGCUGUCCUGCACGCUCUGCUCCAUGGAAGGGGACAGCGUGAGCUCCGAGUCCUCUUCCCCAGAUGUACACCUCACCAUCCAAGAAGAGGGGGCAGACGACGAGCUGGGGGAGACGUCAGAGACGCCCCUCAAUGAAAGCAGUGAGGGGUCCUCAGAGAACAUCCAUCAGAAUUCCUAGCACCCCCAUGGCUUCUGGAGGUGGCUCCAGCAGCUGACACCCAUAGGGAGAGGGCAGACAUUUUUCAAGUGUCUGGUUUUACUUUGGCAGUGCAGCUGCCGCAUAGAAGAGACCCUCACAAACCCCCAAAUCGAGGUGGGGUGGGGGACCAGGCUCAGCAGAGCCAGUUGCAGCAAGGGGCCCUUGUUCUGCCCACGGGUGGGACCUGCCUCUGAGGAAGCCCCAAAGACAUGCAUGUGUGCAUUCACUUGGGGCCUGAGGGUUGAGGCUCCUGUUCAGUUGGGCCAGAUGUGCUUGUCAUUUUCUCACUGGAAGCCCUGGGUAUCGCCGGCAACAUCUGCCCUUUCCUAGGGUUGCCAAACGCCUAGGACAUGCAGAGGGACUAGUUAGAUUUGCUAAUUUGCCUAGAACUUUGUUCUUCUAGAUCUGGUUGGCUGCGAGUAUCUCUACUGUGUUCCUAUGGUGUCAGUUGACAGUGGGUUACAAGCUUUUUGUGGAAUACUUUUGGAUUAAAGGGGAGAAAUUUGAUAGAGCAUUUUUGAUGGGAGAAGGUUGGAGGUCUGAACCCAGCUCAUUUGCACACUGUAUGGGGAGAAAAGGCAACUUUUAAGCCUGUUAGUAUUGGCUGGGGUUCUAACAGAUGAUUUGCUAUUUUGACCUUUUGUUUAACCUAUGACCUUGAACUCUGACCCGUGACUGUCCAGCAGCACAUGUUGGCAUGCCCUUCUCUUAGUCAGUAGAAUUUCCCCAGAUUCAAACCUGUGCUCCAGACAGCGAUGCAAGAGCUGUUCUCUGAUCUUUCCAGAAGGGGAGAUGUUGGGGUUGGACAAGGCCGGGCUGUUAGUUCUGCUGCUGCUCAUUUUCCCAGCCUUGCUUUCUGAGCUGGGAGAGAAUCUAAUGUGGGCUUCUCAAUGUGGUAUUCCGUCACGUAGCUGAGACCUAGAAGGGCACGCUCAGGCGGAGACUGCACAAAGCUGGGGUCCACGUUCUGUGCUUUCUGAUCUGGAGCCCUGACACUCAUUUGCUGUGUGGUCCUGGGCACGUCAUCAAGAAGCUCGUUGCCUUCAUGAGACUCCUAAUGAUCUUCAUUCCCAGGGGGCUGGGAGGAUGUCUUUAGAUUUUAGGAUUCUGUGAUAAAUCUUCCCUGGCCUGGUGUGAGGAAGCCUGGACCAAAACUUUCCCCUUUGGCUGGUUAGUCAGAAAAAGGAUCUGCUUACUUAAAGGAACAGUUGGAGACUCAGAACACAUGGAACUGGAGAACUCAGGGUGAAUCACCAGCCCAACCCUGCUGUGAUUUUUCUCAGGACUGAACUAAAGAGGCGGAUACCACAUUUUCCUUUGGAAAGUUUUCUGGAUGGUGGGAUGCUAACAUUCCUAGUGAAGGGA